AUGGAGCAAUUCGAGACUGCCAACGACUGGCCAAGUGAAGAUGCGAGCGACUCUCAGAACUCCGGUUCUUCAUCGGAAGAUGAAGAGGAGCAGACUGGCGAAUCGGAGUUGGGCAUCGUGAUUUCGCCACGCAAGUUCUGGAAACACGUCCUUCACCCUAAGGUGACCGCUGUGACAGCCAACAAGCUGUGGAAGGAAGAAGACACGAAAAUUGUUCUGUCCGUAACCGACCGCAAAACUGCCAGUAUAACAAAGCGAUAUCCAAAACUGGAGGUUGAUUGGAAAUACGUUUCGAAGCAACUCCAGGACUGGGGCAGGUUUGCUGCUGACGGCAAGAAGAUGACCGUCGCGGUGAUAUUCUUCUACCAGAAUGUGGACUCGGCUAAAUCCGGCAGAAGAGGUGUAACAGCCAACCAGCAAGCAGAGUUAGAAGCCAAGACUAUUGGUCUAGAACGAGGCGCGUGUAUUAGGAAGGCGUAUCUCCUUAUGCGUUGUCCCGGGCCGCCGUGUACAAAAGGCUCCGACCACUGCUGGCAGCACGACGGAAAACACUACCCCCUUUGGCCUCAUCACGUCAGGAUGCUUGCCGAACACAUGCGACGCGAUUCGGAUGGCUCAGCCGCCGGCAUCCUGUCCAAUCAAUGCCAUCGAUGUGGGCCCGGAAGCGGCGCCGCACCUAACAUUCCAGCCUCUCCCAACAUUGUGUUCCCAAACUCUCCGCUGGCACGGCUCAACGUACCCAGGGAAGGCGCGGUCAAGGCAUACAGCGCUUGGCACCAGGCCCAAGUUUGCACCGAGGAACAGAAGCAGCAUUAUAACGCAGCUCGAGAGCUGACUCUGGCGCAAUGCUACGAUCUCAACAUGCUUACGAUCAAUAAGCCGAAGAUGUACAGUUUCUUCACUAAGAAGGGAAUACCAGCGGGGGUUGCAUGGCGUUUUGUUUUGUGA